UCUCCGUAGGAAUUUUGAUUUUCUUGUUUGAUGGGCAGUGGCAUCUUCUUUUCUCCGCCGAUCCUUCUCCUCCGUCACCACUCUUUUCAGCCCUGGAUCUCCUCCUCUCUUUUAAUUAAUUUUGUGUCCAUGAUGGUAAAACAAUUUAUUCUUCCUUUUUGACACAUGUAUUUAUAUUUAUACAUCUUCUGUUUUUCAAUUCAGCUCUGCAAUUUCCUUUCUUUUUUUGUUGCCAUUCAUACUACUGAUUCCAUCACUCAGGAUGUUGAACAUCUUAUUGCUUCAAUUCUGAAAUUUUUUUUCUGUAUUUUUAUCCAUUGUUCAAUUUUGGUUUCAAUUUAUCCCCAAGUUUGAGGAACUGAUUCCGCCCAACUUUCUCAACUCAAAAAACAAAAAAUUGGGAUUUUUUUUGCUUUUUUUAAGAAAAAAGACAAAGAGAUAACCAGUUAGGGUAGGGGGAGAGGGUUAUGCUGUUUUUGUUCCAAAACCAAAAUGGUGGCGGAGCCGAAAAAGGGGAAGCCACAGCAAUCAAACGGUGGCAAUCAUACUGUGACCCUGGAACAUGUUCUACUGGCUCUCAGAGAGACCAAGGAGGUGAGGGAGCAGAGAAUGCGCAAUCUCUUUAAUUUCUUUGAUGCUGCCAAUGUUGGGUAUUUGGACUAUGCCCAGAUUGAGGCCGGUCUCUCCGCUCGUCAUAUUCCCCCUGAAUACAAGUAUGCCAAGGAUUUGCUCAAUGCUUGUGAUGCAAACCAGGAUGGUCGCGUGGAUUACCAGGAAUUCAGGCGUUAUAUGGAUGACAAGGAACUUGAGCUUUACCUUAUUUUUCAAGCCAUUGAUGUUAAACACAAUGGUUCCAUAUUGCCAGAGGAGCUUUAUGAUGCACUCAUCAAUGCAGGGAUUGAAAUUGACGACGAGGAGCUAGCCCUUUUUAUUGAACGUGUGGAUAAGGAUAACAAUGGGGUUAUAACAUUUGAAGAAUGGAGGGACUUCCUGCUGCUCUACCCUCAUGAAGCUACUAUGGAAAACAUUUAUCAUUACUUGGAAAGGAUGUGCCAUGUUGAUAUUGGAGAACAGUCUGUUAUCCCACAGGGCAUCACCAAACACGUUCAUCCAAGCAGAUACCUGAUUGCUGGGGGAAUAGCUGGAGCAGCGUCUCGUACAGCUACCGCACCUCUUGAUCGUUUAAAGGUUCUUUUACAAGUGCAGACUACACGGGCAUAUGUCAUCCCAGCAAUAAGGGAUAUAUGGAGGGAAGGAGGUAUUCUUGGAUUUUUUCGAGGCAAUGGAUUGAAUGUCCUGAAAGUUGCACCUGAAAGUGCCAUCCGGUUCUACACUUAUGAAAUGCUAAAGGGAUUUAUAGUGAAAGCUAAAGGAGGAGAUAAUAAGGUGGAAAUCGGAGCCAUGGGACGUCUAUUUGCUGGUGGCUUAGCUGGUGCUGUGGCGCAGGCAGCAAUAUACCCAAUGGAACUUGUUAAAACUCGAUUGCAAACUUAUUCUUCUGAAAGUGGGAAAAUUCCUGGUCCUAGAGCAAUGUCAAGAGACAUAUGGGUUCAAGAGGGACCCCGGGCAUUCUACAGGGGCCUUGUUCCAUCUCUUCUUGGGAUGAUCCCUUAUGCAGGCAUUGAUCUUGCUGCUUAUGAAACAUUGAAAGAUAUGUCCAAGAAAUACAUACUUAUUGACAGUGAACCUGGUCCACUAGUGCAACUGGGAUGUGGGACAAUAUCAGGAGCUCUUGGAGCAACAUGUGUGUACCCAUUGCAGGUUGUUCGAACAAGGAUGCAAGCUCAACGCGGUAACGAGGAAUCUGCUUACAGAGGAAUGUCUGAUGUAUUUAGGAUUACAUUUAAACACGAAGGGUUAAGGGGUUUCUACAAAGGAUUGUUUCCCAAUCUGCUUAAAGUUGUCCCUUCUGCAAGUAUCACAUAUAUGGUGUAUGAGAAAAUGAAGAAGACUCUGGAUCUGGGAUGAGGAGGAGGAGGAGGUUGAGGGGGGAGGUGGGGAUGGUAAUUAGAUAAGAGAAUAAAAUUAGUGAAUGACACUCACUGAGUAGAUUAUAUACUAGCACAGGGAUUAUUGACAGGGCAAAAUUUUGUCCAUCAUUCUUGUUGUAUCCUUGUCAAGGAAAGGAAUUAUACUGUCAGGCUGAUUGGUAUUCAUCAAUCAUAAUUUGUUGUAAACUAAGAAUGGAGAUUGGAUGGACAUUUUUAUACUUGUUUUUGUUUAUGCUUGUCUUGUUUGUUGGACUCCGCAUCACACACUUCAU